AUGGCUGAGGACUCGUCCAGGGCCUCACCGCCUGAGCCUGGCGAGGCACCGCCGCCCAGAGGUCGCAUCAUUCAACUCAAUUCGUCGUCCCGAAGUUCGAUGGACCGCCAGUCGCUUGAGUCCGGACGCUCUCCGGCCUACAGCAGUCAUAGCCAGCAGUGGCGUGGCGGCUCUCCGCCUCGUAGUCGCUUCCCUAGGCCCUACAGUAGUAGCGGAGGCGGGCGCGGAAGCUACUUCAAGCGUCAGCAAAUGAGCUACGAAGGAGGCGCCGGAGGAGCUCCGUAUCAGAGAGAACGUGUUUUUUCGCGCUUAAGAGGCCGCUCGGUGUCUCGCUCACCUUCCAGAGCCUCACAACGUACGCGGUCUAGAUCUAGAUCACACUCUCCGCGGUCUCCGAAGUCUCCUCCGCGCUCCCGAUCCCGCUCACGCUCGCGAUCUUUCUCGCCUCGAGGCCAUCGCACGUUUGCCAACUGGGAGCGAGGUGGAUGUGGCUCAGGGGCUCCACAAUUUGCCUCUGGACGGGGACGUGGAAGUAGCUUCGACAGUCGACAGCGUGGACGCGAGCGAGAUUCGUGGCCGAGAGGCGGAGGACGCGGAGGCGGACGAUUCCCCAACUUCCAGCGCGGCAAUCGGUUCUACCCCAAGGAAGUGCGAUACAAAGCAGCUGUGUCCUUGCCGCAUCGCCGAUCCAUUAGUCGAGACAGAGGCAGCAGUGAAGGAAGCUCAGCGAUGGCAAGUAGCUACCGGGACCGACAGAUGCGCGAUUAUGAGCCAGGAUACCGUGCUCGAACGAGAGAGCGAGACACGAGAUCCAUGUCGCUUGUACGGACGUCGAGCUUUACUUUCGACUAUUACAGAGGCAGCGAGCCGUCAGCGAGUGCGGAGGAAGGUGAAGAGAAGCCCGAGGAAGCUCACGCUACGACUAGUGAGAGGUCAGGGGGAUCACUCACGCCAAGUGAAACAGGAAGCGGGGACCGUGAUUUGACCGAGAGUAUGAGGCGAGCGUCGUCCGCGUUGCCACCUCGCCCUUUUACUGACAGCCAUGCGUCCUAUCGGAUUGACCAGGAAAGCUACGGAAACAGGUCUCCGCCUUACAGGAGGGAGGUAUCAUCGAGGCGGACGAUGGGAGGUGGCGAACACCGUAGACGUGCACACUCACGCUCUGCGUCGACGGAGGUUGACGAAGCCGAACGAAGAAGAAGAACGGAGCGGCAGCUAGCGGCUCCUCGUGUGGUUCCCAAUGGUAGUGAGAGGGAUGAGUCUGCAACGAAGACAAAGGAGGAGGUGCAUGAUGACAUUAAAAAAGAGGCUGACGACAAAGACUUAAAUGACGCUAGUAAAGCUGCACCUGCACCUGCUAACGAGGACGACAAGGUGAUGGAAACAGGCGGCGAUGCCAGUGCGAGGGAGACGCAAGCCGUAGCCGAGAAUGGCAUUGAUCACAAGGCGAAAACUGAGAGCGCUCCUCCUCUUGCUUCGUCUGAUUCUGCUGAAAAAUCGGACUCAGAAGAGGUAAAAACGGUCGUGAAGUCGUUCGAGGUGUGUGCUUCGAUGGAAAAUGACAUGGGUUCACCUAAGGAGAAGACAUCCUCUGAUAAUGAACAGGCACUUGCGUCUCAAAAACUCGAAGGUGACGUCAGUUUAAAGCUAAGUGAUUUGACUGCAGCAACUUCCACUACGUCGUCUAUCGAGGACGAAGGGAGAUUAGAGAUGAAAGAGCGUCAUACGCAAGAAUCGCAAGCAGAUACUUGUGCUGUUGAGGAGACGUGUACCUCUGCAAAAGACGAUGACGUUGAAAUGAAGGACGCAGGUGAUAGCUCGAGCAAAAAGGAGGAAUAUUCUGUUCAUUUAAAUUCUGAGACACAGGUAGCGGUGGAUGUGGAAAUGAAAAGUGCCGAUGGCGAAAUCGAGAAGAGUACAGCUCAAGAGGCGACCCCCAGUGAAGCUGAACAUUCUCACGUGGAACUGGAUACGGGUGAUUCUAUCGCCAAGCCUGCUGCUGAACCUCAGGAAGUUUUCGAAAGCGAUGUUGACACUCAAGAAGUUGAGGAGGGUGAAAUGGUGGUAGAGAAUGGCUCUGUGGAGGUCGAGAGUGCUGUUACUCCGAUCAUUACUCCCAGUUUAAAAGACGGCGAGGCAGACUUUCCACGCAGCGGUUUGUCGGAAGAUAGCAAGGACGGAAAGCGUGCUGUGGACACGGUCAAAGCCAGCAUGUCUCCCGUAGUUCGCGAAAAGCGGGCUAAGCUUGAGCGCAGUAGAACAGAUCCGUCGUCUGAUGUGUACAGCGACAAUAGUAAGCCUCGAUCAACAUCCUUCUCUUCGUUUGGCCCACCAAACGGUAGCCGGCGUGACGGAUCUCGUGAAGAGGGCAAGGCACUGUUCGGUUCGGAGUUAUCACAGAAAACACCGCAGGGAGACAAGCGUGGAGCUUUUCAUAAGCAGCGAGAUGAGGCGUCAUCUUUGACCCACACGCAUUCGUUAGAACAAAGUGGACGCCCAGCGCUCGACCGUCGCGCGUCUUUUUCGACGCUGUUGGGACGCGGUCCGCACUCGUCGUCAGAAACUCGACAAGGAGGUUCAAUGGGUUAUGCUAGCGGUAGUAAGACGUCUCGCUCCACGUCUUCCUUUCCUUCCAAGACAUCACCGCCGAAGCCUCACGAGAGCAACACAGAUGGACGGAGAAGAACAUUUCAUGAGAAUUUGAGGAGAGAAGAUGUGGGGAAAAGAGAGCUGCUGCGAGCAGGAUCAAUGGACAGUAUGAUGGACAGACAUUCCCAGAGAUCAUUUCCAAUGACUGAACGAGCGCAAGUGGGCAAAGAAUCAUUGACGAGCUGUUCCGGUUUGCUUAGUCGACGAGAUGCAGGCGAUGCACGAGCUUCGAGACCACGAGAAGAGAUGCCAGCGCUACCGAAUAUCCCGCUUCCAAGUGAUACAAUUCGUGAUACGUCAUCACCAACUGUUCUCGGAGAUGGAACACCGACGAAACGACAGCGUCCACGCUUGGGCUGGGGUCAAGGACUCGUGGCCCAGUCACCACCUCAGCGUGCAAAGCGACCUCGAAUUGGAUGGGGCCAAGGGCUAAUGCAGCAGAAAGAUAGCACCUUGCGCGAGAAAGAGAAGACUUUGGGUGAAGACGACGACACAUCUGCUGAUGUAAGUGCAGGGAAGACUGGUAAAGCUGCUGUGGAUAGCCUGACAUCUCGGGAUGACCAGCACCCCGAAGUGAAAGAUGAAGUGGUCGAGUCUGUAAUUGCUGUCACUGCUGUUUCAGAUAGCAAGGAGGUGGGGGUUAUUGAGCUUGAGACUGCAGUGACAUCUACUCCAGAGAAGGAGGAGCAACCAAAGGCAAGUGUAGCUGCAGCUUCGACGACUCAUGAAGUGGAUAAGGCUGGAGACCAGAAGAUGUCGGAGGCCGAUGAUGUCGAACAAGACGACGUAGCACCAGCAAAACCGUCAAAGGAAGAAAUUCUCUCCACAAUUGACGUUCUCGAUUCAGAUAUUGCAGGCGUGAAGAAGCAAAUGAAGGCGUUGCAGAGAAUGAUUGCGAGUGGAGAGACUGUGCAGGAGGCAUCUUCAGCUCCAGUGGAUAUGGACAUUGUGUCAGUGGGUAAUGCUGAAUUUGCAGCCAAAGUCGGAAGCACACCAACUGACGGAACAACGUCUGAUUCCUCUUCAGCUGUGUCGUCUGAUCGGCCUCUUUUGACGUCUCCAGUGAAGGUAGCAGUGGAUUCGAGAUUCGUGGAGCUGCUGGCGGACGUGUUCUCGGAUAAUCUACGCAAAACGGCAGCUGCUAACGAGCAACUCCCGAAGCGACUGGAGCAAGGCCAAUUGGCGACCAAAAUUUACCACCAACCCAGUGACUAUGCGUUCUAUCAAGAAAAUAUCGAUCGCGGAUCAGCCCUUGCCGACCAAGUCCGUUUGAAAGUUCGAAUGCGGAAUCGUGCGCGUCACGAUUACAUGAAGAAGCUCUCGCGGGAAUAUUUGGACCUGAAGAAGUCGUGGAAACAGGGGGUGAAGAAGAUGGAGAAAGAUCGAAAGCGACAGGACAAGCAGCGUCUCAAGCAGCUGCAGAAACAGAAGCUCAAGAGCUUAAGCGAAAGUGGACCUAUCCGAACGACGAAUACCAUUCAUCAGAGUCCUCAUGUGCAGCAGUUGGUUGCAGCUGAAAAGGCCGCGGAAGCUGCUGGAGGCGAAGGGACAAUUGUGCGAACAUCGUCUCGGCUGACGAACAAUUCUAGUGCUGACUUGGAGAAUAACGACCUGGAGAAGAUUGAACAGGCUAAGGCUCAGGCUCUGCUUGACCAGGAGGUAAGGAAGAAGCGGCUUAAGAACGCGUUAUCAACAGUCAUCCCAGACAUGUUGAUCACCCCGGCAGACCGACAGCAACGCUAUAUCACUCGCUUUGUCAAUGGUCAAAGCUGCAUGGCGGACGGGCUAGUGACGGACUGGAAGCUGAAGGAAAAGGCGGAGAUGAAGGUGAACCCGUGGAAUGACCUGGAGAAGUGUAUCUACAUAGAUAAGUUCCUGCAGUUCCCCAAGAACUUCCCGCGGAUCUCCUCCUACCUGAGGAACAAGACGACUGGCGAUGUGAUUGAUUUUUAUUAUCGCACGAAGAAGGUUGCGGACUACAAGGCGCUGCUGCGAGAACAGCAAUUACGGCGUCGUGGAGCGGGAUCGAAGAACACUUGGAGCUGUUGGAACUUGUCCGCGUGUGCUGCUAUUUGCCUGGGUGUGCAACUCCCGGAGCACGUCGCGAAGCUGUUGCUCCACCCGUCUAACUUCCGCUCUCAUCAAGCUUCUGAGAAUAUUCUUAAUUCGCCUGGUGCUCAGCGUUUACUCCGUAGCUCCACGACGAAGGCAGAGGGCAGCGUGACGACUAGCAACAAAGAAAAAGCCAAGGAGAGUGCAGAAGGAAACUGUGCGUUGGAUAUGGUGUCUGGAUCAGACCACACGCUUUGUGUGCGCUCGUCAGCGACAGAAUCUGCAGUGCACCUCGACGAUGCUAUUCAUUCGGAAGACUCCGACGCUUCGGACGAGGAGAAGUUUAACUUGUACACGCAGCAACUCAAGCAGUUCGUUGCAGGACAGCAACGACCAUUCUUGGUGGACUAUGCGUCCCUGCUAACUGAUAACUCGUACAGUACGGGCUAUGAAGUCUCGACUCUGUCUAUUGAAGAACGCUUGAAGAAGUAUCCUACGCCAAGCAAGGAGCUGGAGUCUGCUAUAGCUGUGGCAAUAGGGGGUACGUCUGCCAGCGCUUCUCAGGAAAACGCGAAGGUAAAGUUGCAGAGUCAGUCGACAGUGUCUGCUGCUAAUCCGAAGAAUGGUGGAGCUCCGAUGACGAAGAAGGAGUUGAAGCAGCAACGAAGGCUUAAGAAGAUGCAGGAAGGAGCUCUGGCGUCGGCAGCAACUCCCACAUCAACGCCAGCUUCUGCUCAACUAGGUGGAAACGCAGUUAAUAGGAAGAAAAGCGGUACAGGUUCUUCGUCGACCUCAAGUGCAUCGUCUAACAACCGAAACGGCCCUCGCAUUUCAGUUCCAGGAGAGGAAAAGACCAAGAAAUCGAGUCGAAGUGGUGGUGGGACGCCAGGUCCACGUCGGAACAACCAGACAAGUGCCGCCAACGCAUCUCCCAAGGUCAGCGUGGUGUCAAGUUUGACGGCGGCUGGGACAGCUUCUGUAUCGAUGAUCACUGCACCUACGGGAGUAGCAUUGAAGAAGGGCCCAGGUGGAAGCACGACACCUCAUGCUAGCGCUAGAACGUCGUCUCCAUCAGCGAAUACUGGAGUAGGUAACAGUGCGAGUGCUCCUGCGAAACGUGUGGUGCAGAAGUGGACGGAAGGAGAAAAGGCGGACUUCCUCAAGUAUUUUUCGCAAUACGGUAAGGAUUGGGCAACGUUGACAGAUAAUAUCCCCACGAAGACUGCUGCACAGAUCAAGAACUACUACCAGAACUACAAGAACCGACUGAACUUGCAAGAUAUUCUGAAGCGUAGGAUUGAGAACGCAGCGGCCAGUGGAGGCGGAAAGGGUGCUACUGGAGCGACUGGAGUGGCGAGUGUCAACGUCGCUGUCUCGCCUCGGUCUGCGGCCGCUGGCUUAAUGAGCGGUACGUUGCGACAGAUGGGACGCUCGGCUGAUCUCCCUGGAGGCAUGUCGAUCGGGAUGCCGAGCGGGUCCAUGGCAAUGAGCGGCAGUGAUCCGAGUAUUUCGUUCCAGGCAGCUCUGAGUGCAGCUCAGCCUGGGAUGCACGGAGUCAAUGUGUUGUCGGAUCUUUCAGCGAACCAGUUUGCUAUGCAGGCGCAUCAGGAUCAACAGCAGUCGCGCGAAAUGAUGAACCCUGCAUCGAACCCCGAGCGAUAUUUGAAGCUGCUGAAUAUGCAACAUCAAUUGCAGAUUAUGCAGCUCCAGCAGCAGCAAAAAUCGCAGGGGAUGGCGUCGGAAGGAGCCGGGAACAACAACAAUUCGUACCACGAAACCCAGAUGAAUACUGCGAAUGCACAGCGGAUGUAUCAGUUCUCGCGCCAGCAACAACAGCAGCAACAACAGCAACAUCAAGUACCUCCGCAGCAUUUGUCGAUGCAAGCGUUGCAGCAAAUGGGACUGCAGAGCCACGCUCAGACGCCGACGCACAGUCAAAUGAUGCAGAUCCAGCAGCAACAGCAAGCGAGAGGCUCCUUCGCAGAGAUGGGACAUCCAAGCGGCAUGUACCAAUCGAUGCCGCAGAUGCAGAAUCAACACUCGCAAGCGAUGACUGGAGCUGUGCAAAUGUCACCAACACAUGUGCAGCACUACGAAAGGCAAGUGGAAGCUGGUGGCAAUGUCUCGACGGACGGAGGCGCAGGGCCAGCUAGAAGCCGAAUGGGCUCUCAAGAGGCGUCGCAACGUUCGAUGAUGAGUAUGGCGAUGAUGGACUCUGCCAGUGGAACCGUUAGUUCGAGUCAGCAGGCUGUUGCAGGAACCCCUCAACAACCUCCGCUGGCUCCUCCUCGUUCAACGCCGAUGAAUACUAGCAGACAAACAGAGACAUGGAACUCUGCACCUGCAUCUACCAGCCUGAAGAGUGAUGAUACCACGAGCACUACCGCAACGCCAGCGGUUGAGGAUAACGCACAAAAAGGCCGCGAAGCGCUGGCACCGCCUAUGUUACCUCCUGUGCAGCCUGUUCGCAGUCGAAUGUCGUUCUCGUCCAUCUUAAAUGAGUCGGAGUCACCACGAGAUGACUCAACACCUCGAGGCCACGGCUCAAUGAUCAUUCGACAGCAAGAAUCGCCACGUGAACAGCAGAGGAGCCAGGAGCAACAGCAGAUAGAGCAGCAGCAGCAACCAUCGCUCCGUAUCGAGCAGGCGCGGGCGAUGCCGCCCUCUUCUGCUGCGGAGUUGGCGCGAUCUUCAGUCUCAGCUCCGAGUCCGACGGCUCAUUUGUUGCCGAGAAGAUCGUCUGUCCCUGCCCAGCAUAACCGUAUGGGUCUCAUGUCGAGUCUUCUGAACGUGCCGUCACCUGAACGCCGGACGUCAACUCCUGGUCAGUCGUCUUUGAUGCAUCAACAGCAGCAACAAAUGCAGCGCCAGAUGCAGCCAGGUCGCUACUAUGAUGCAAACACCAGCAGUGCUGAAAGUGCGGGCUCAUCGUCACGUAGCUCGAUUGCGAUGGUGAGCGGCAUGGCUGCGUCGUCUACCAUGUCGUCUACGAUGGCGCGUACCAGUCCAAGCGAGAAGAUGACGUCAAGUGCGCAGAGUAUGGCUACGUAUACCAACACAUCCGCUCAGAUGGCUGUGGCGCUGUCGCGCAGUGGCUCGGGGUCUUCCACCUCGUCGGCGGUCUCAAACGCCGCCCAGCCUGGAGACCCGCGAGCUCAGCAGCAGAUGUGGAACUACGCGUCACAGAUUCGCUUUGAAGAAGCCGAACUGCUGCGACGAGCUCAGCGUGCAGAGGAAGAAGCUGCUCGUGCACGAGCGGCAGCUGCUGCAGCGGCGAAAGCUCUUCAAGAAGCCCAACAAGCGCGACAACAAGCGCUGGACAUGGCGGCCAACAUGGCGCGGUACAACAAUGCGAUGCAGCAUCAACAAGCUCAAGCUCAUCAGCAACAGGCUCAGGCUCAGGCCCAGGCUCAAGCUCAGGCCCAGGCUCAGGCUCAAUCUCAAAACUCGCAGCAGCAAGCCCAGCAGUAUCAGCAGCAACAGGCUCAAGCUCAAGCUCAAGCCCAAGCCCAGCAGCAAGCUCAAGCUCAAGCUCAGCAGCAGUACCAGCAACUCCAACAGUACCAGCAGCUUCAUCAUCACCAUGAGUAUCAGCAUCAAGCUCAGCAACAGCUUCAUCAGCAGCAGAUGCAGCAGCAAGCACUGCAUCACCAUUUGCAGUUGAUGCAGCAGCAGCAACAACAGCGAUCCACCGUGUCACGUAGUGACCAGCUCAUUCAACAGCAGAUACAUCAGCAACACCAGCAACAACCUCCGCGAGGACCGCAGUCGGACCGGUAG